UGCGGUCACCCUGGCGGCAACCAAAAAAGAAACUAGAGCUGCGUUUUUUCGCACAUAAAAAUCAAUCGGAAAUAAAUAAAACUUACUGUAAUUGCGUUAAUUAAAAGCAAUAUAUGCAAAAGCUGAACAGCAACAAAAGUUGUUGUUGCUGCUGUUGCGCUGUCGCGGUGCGAUCGAUCCUUGUUGGCUACGGGUCUUGCAUGCGUGCCCGUGCUCUGGCGGUCAACUAAAUAAUGUGGAACAUGAUGUGCGACGUGAUGCCCACAAUAUCGGAAGACAGCAUAUCGCAGCGUUCCUCGCAAUUCAGCGGUGAAGAUGCUAACUUUGAGCAGCUCAUGGUCUCCAUGCUCGAUGAGCGCGACAAGCUUAUGGACAGUUUGCGCGAGGCGCAGGAGCGACUCGGCGAAACGGAGGUGAAGCUACACGAUGUCGAAAAGGAGCGCGACAGUUUGCAGCGUCAAAUCAAUGCGAACUUGCCGCAGGAAUUUGCCACGCUGACCAAGGAGUUGACGCAGGCGCGAGAAACAUUGCUAGAACGUGAUGAAGAGAUUGGCGAACUGAAAGCAGAACGCAAUAAUACAAGGCUGCUGCUGGAGCAUUUGGAGUGUCUGGUGUCGCGACAUGAACGUUCGCUGCGCAUGACAGUUGUGAAGCGACAGGCGGCUGCCCAGAGCGGAGUCUCCAGUGAGGUGGAGGUGCUGAAAGCCCUCAAAUCACUGUUCGAGCACCACAAGGCACUGGACGAGAAGGUGCGCGAGCGUCUGCGUCUCUCGAUCGAAAAGAACAAUGUGCUGGAGGAGGAGCUGAACACAACCAAAGAGGAGUUGACUCAAUACAAAACGGGCGCCAUUCCAGCCAACUCUGGCGUCAACUCCACUGGCAUUGUCAGCGGUGAGAAUGGCAUUAAAGAGAAGCUGGCAAGCGGUGGCGGCAGCGGAGGCAACAGCAGCGUUGGAGGCGGCGGUGUCAAUGGCGAUGCCACUGAACUCAACGAAUAUGCGGCCAAAACGCACGAGCUGCAAACGAUCAUCGAGAAGCAGACCGCAGAGCUUUCGCAAUGGCAGCGACGCGUCUCCGAUCUGAACAACAAAAUCAAUGAGCUGGAGGAGAAUAUGUCGCGCGUGCAAAAGGAGCAUUGCAAGGCGCAGGAUCAGUGCUCAAAGCUGCAGCGAGACUUGCGCGAAAACGUUGCACAAAAGGAAGAUCAGGAGGAGCGCAUAACCACGCUGGAGAAGCGUUACUUGAAUGCUCAACGUGAGUCGACGUCGCUGCACGAUCUAAACGAGAAAUUAGAGCAGGAAUUGCGGCACAAGGAGGCGCAGCUUAAGCUGCACGAGGAGAAGAUCAGCGCGAUCGAAGAGAAACUCGAACUAUCCGAGCAAAAGUUAGCGCAACAUGCCAAACUGCAGCCGGACAUGGAGGAGCAGCUAAAGGCGCGCAUGGAGGCAUUGACAAAGGUAGGAAAUAAGGCUCAAGAACGUCAUGGUUCGGCUGAGGAUCGCAUUCGGGGCUUGGAAACGAAUUUGGAUGAGAAGAGCGCCGAGGUGGUAAGACUGAAUCAGCGUCUCAAGAUGAAUGAGGAGCACAACUUGCGCCUUUCCUCCACGGUGGAUAAACUGCUCUCCGAGUCCAACGAGCGACUCGAAGUACAUCUCAAGGAGCGCAUGCGUGCCCUCGAUGAGAAGAACGCUUUAACGCAGGAGCUGGAGAAGGCACGCAAGGUGGCUGAGGAGCUGCAUCACGAGAAGAGUGAAAUCAUGAAGGAGCUGUCGAAGACACGCCUGGAAAUCGAGAAUUUCAAGCGGCAGUUGCUGCAGCAAGAGAUUGCCUACAACAUUCAGCAAACUGAAGCUCUCACCCGCAGCCUCUCGCCCAGCAGCGUGGUGGACGGUCGAGAUGGACCUUUUACGCGUAGUGCAUCGCACGCCAGCUUUGAGACGCAUUCGCUGCGGCGCCAGAGCAAAUCGCGUCUGUCCGAAGAGAAUGCUUUGGCCCGCUCCAUGGCCGAGCAGGAGUGGGAGAAACUACAGAUGCAGCAGGUGGCGCAUGCCCAACAGCAAGCCUACGAGCUGGUUGCCAGCGUUGCCGAUUGCGACGAGAACGAUGCGCUGUAUGCCGCUGCAACGGCGGACAUGAUGUCGCCGUCUGGACAUACGGAUGCCCAAACGCUGGCCAUGAUGCUGCAGGAGCAGUUGGAUGCCAUCAACAAUGAGAUACGUCUCAUACAGGAGGAAAAGCAAUCGACAGAGGCUCGGGCCGAGGAGCUGGAAUCACGCGUUGGUAGUCUCGAGCAUGUCAACCUGUUGGCCCGAGGACGCUCCAUGGACAGGCAGAGUCCAGAGAUGAGCGGUCGCAGUACGCCAAAUAGUCCACAGCGCGAUUUCAUGCAGAAAUAUCAUACGCUUAACUUGCCUGUGCUGUCCAGUGAUGCGUCGCGCGAGGAGUUGCACGGCGGCAUGUCCACCACCGGCGAUUCGAGUUCUGGUGGAGCUGCUUCGCCAUUGACCGCACGCUCGAUGCGCUUGGAGCGCGUCGCCCAGGCGCUGGCUCACAGCCAGGAGGAGCUGCGUCGUCGCACGAUGGCGCCAGCUGCGCCACCUAACCUCAGCUCGCACAUGGCAUUGAGCAGCCACAGCUAUGGCCUGUCACCACUCAGCUCCCGCUAUGGCAGCCAGGAGUCGCUGCGUCACUACAACACGAUGGGCUCCAUGUCCAUGCUGCAGACGCCCACAUCGGGCGUAUCGCGGGAGGCAGCUGCUGCCGCGGCUGUGCAAAAGAAAAAGGGUAUCAAGUCUUCGUUGGGUCGCUUCUUUAGCAAAAAGGAGAAGGUCAAGGGUGUUAAGGAUACGUUGCCAGACGGUUCGCCCAGCAUGAUGUCCAUAGGCAAUUUAUCGAUUGGUCUGAGCGAAGUCGACUCCAAUUACGAUGUCAUGAGCAUGACGGGUGGCAUGAUGCCUCGCAUUGCCAGCGCCCAGGGCUCGAAGAUCAGCAGCGUGGACUAUGGCAGGCAAAAGAAAGACCACGAUUAUCGCAAUGAUUUGCUUGGAGAAGCCAUGAAAGCGGGCACGCCAUUCGCCCUGUGGAACGGACCCACCAUUGUCGCCUGGCUGGAGCUGUGGGUGGGCAUGCCCGCCUGGUAUGUGGCCGCGUGUCGCGCCAAUGUUAAAUCUGGCGCCAUAAUGAGCGCAUUAAGCGACACAGAAAUACAGCGGGAAAUAGGCAUAAGUAAUCCACUGCACAGGCUGAAGCUGCGUUUGGCCAUACAGGAAAUGGUUUCACUAACUUCCCCCUCAGCGCCGCAAACUUCACGCACCACGCUGGCGUUUGGAGAUAUGAAUCACGAGUGGAUUGGCAACUAUUGGUUGCCGGGCCUGGGACUGCCGCAAUAUCGCACAACCUUCAUGGAGUGUCUAGUCGAUGCACGCAUGUUGGAUCAUUUGACCAAGAAGGAUCUGCGGGGACAGCUGAAAAUGGUGGACAGCUUUCAUCGCACCAGUUUGCAAUACGGCAUCUCGAUGCUCAAGCGCUUGAACUACGAUCGCACUGAGCUGGAGCACAGGCGUAAGAUGAGCGAGAAUGGUUUGUGCGAUGUGCUCGUGUGGAGUAAUGAACGUGUCAUACGCUGGGUCAGCAGUAUAGGAUUGAAGGAGUAUGCCAACAACUUGCUUGAGUCCGGUGUGCAUGGCGCAUUGAUGGCGCUGGAUGAGGGCUUCGAUGCCAAUGCCAUGGGCUUGGCGCUACAAAUACCCACGCAGAAUGCACAGGCUCGCCAAAUACUCGAUACGGAGUUUAGAAACUUGUUACAAAUUGCUACUGAUCGCAGACCAGAUAGUGAACAGCGUAGCGCAUCCUGAUGUAGUUAUAGUCCGCCCACAACAUCGGUGGAUGAGUAGACUCAAUCGAAGAACUUCUAAUGAAAUUGAAAAGUGAAACAUGAGAAAUGAGAAAGAACUAAGAGUGUCAGCCAGGCGACAAUUUUUCCUAAGCGCCGCUGUUGGACAAAGAACUAAAUAUGAUGGAGAAGAAUAUACAAAUGAAUGAAGGAAACAUACAGAAAUAAGAAAGUAAAGCAGACAAACUAAGCCACAAAAUUCUAACAAGAAAGACGCAACGCAAGAGACUCCCAGGCUCAGAGAAUACUGACUGGGCCCCCCGCCCCAGCAUACAGCAUAAUGAUGAACGUCUAAUCUAUUUAUAUAAAUACACAUAGAUACAUACACAACAGAAAAACAAAAACAAAAACAUAAAAAACACAGACAA